CCAACUCAGCGUUAGUUACAACGUCAUUCAUAAUUUUAUAAUAUUUUUGUGAGUUAUAAGGAAAAUAAGCAAUGUUCUUCAUCUACCUCUUAAUCGGCGUUGUCGUCGCGUUCAGCGCCUGGCUGUACCAUAACUACACCACUUUGUCCCGGCACGGGAUAAAGCAUGGACCCUUUGUCCCAUUUCUAGGGGACAUGGCUGGCGUGACGUUCCUGAAGGAACACAUGACUGAUGUUCUUACCCGCGUGUAUAACAGCUUCCCUGGUGAUAGGUUGGUGGGUCGUUAUGAAUUCCUGACUCCCUACAUCAUCGUGAAGGACCCUGAACUCUUGAAGAGAAUCACCGUCAAGGACUUCGAUCACUUCGUUGACCGAAGGAUCAUGGUUGACGCUAGAGCUGAACCAAUGUUUGGCAGAAAUCUUGUUUCUUUGAGAGGCGAAGAAUGGAGAGACAUGCGUUCUGCCCUCAGCCCAGCUUUCACCAGCUCCAAGAUCCGACUGAUGGUGCCGUUCAUGGUGCAAGUUGGGGACCAGAUGAUCAGGGCUUUGAAGACUAAGAUUGAGCAAUCUGAAGUCGACUACAUCGACCUAGAAGCCAAAGACCUGACAACGCGCUACGCCAACGACGUAAUAGCUACUUGCGCCUUCGGCCUCGAUGUCAACUCGCAACAAAAUGAGAAUGACUUCUACAAGAUGAGCAAAUCACUCACCAGCUUUACUUUCGAGACUAAGAUGAGGUUCCUGGGCUACAGGAUUGUGCCUUGGUUUAUGUCUGCACUUAAAUUGGCAAUAUUUCCCGCGAAGAUAUCAGAGUUCUUCUCAAACGUAGUCCUAGGAGCCAUGAAACAACGCGAGGAGCAGCACAUCCACCGCCCUGACAUGAUUCAUUUGCUGAUGGAAGCCAAGAAAGGAAAACUGGCACAUGAUACAAAGACGACAAAAGACGAACACGCUGGAUUUGCUACAGUAGAAGAGUCAGAUGUUGGAAAAGUCAAAAACAAAACAGUAUGGUCUGACAUGGACCUCGUCGCUCAAGCAGUUAUAUUCCUCUUCGCCGGUUACGACACAGUUUCCACCACCAUGGGGUUCCUUCUCUACGAGCUGGCUGUCAACCCUGAAUGUCAAGAAAUACUAGUGCAGGAGAUUAGAGAAAACGAGAAGAGAAACAACGGGAAGUUUGACUACAAUUCGGUGCAGCAUAUGACGUAUUUGGAUAUGGUCAUCUCAGAGGUUCUUCGAAAAUGGCCUGGAGCUCCUAUGGUGGAUCGGCUCUGUGUCAAAGACUACAACCUCGGCAAACCCAAUGACAAAGCUACCGAAGAUGUCAUUCUCCGCAAAGGACACGCAGUACAAAUACCACUAUGGGCGUACCACCACGAUCCCAAACACUUCCCGAAUCCUGAGAAGUUUGACCCAGAACGCUUUUCUGAAGACAACAAGCACAAGAUUGAUCCUUUCGUGUACAUGCCCUUCGGUUUGGGACCUAGGAACUGCAUUGGAUCAAGAUUCGCCCUCUGCGAGGUCAAGGUGAUGGCAUACCAGCUUCUGCUGAAUAUGGAAGUUACUCCGUGCGAGAAGAGCAUAAUCCCGAUCUCCCUCUCUAUCAAAGAUGGUUUCCGCAUGUCGGUGACAGGAGGCAACUGGCUUAGGUUUAGACCUCGUAAGAUUUAAUAGGCGCUGCGGAUUUUUGCGUUGCAAAUAAGUGAAUCUAAAGAGAUAGCUUAGUUUAUUCCAUCCAUCAAAUGAUAAAUAUUAUACUCUGUACCAAUGUGAUAUGUUAUAUAUAAGUAACUUACCUACAUUAUAUUUUUUUAUACUACGUCGGUGGCAAACAAACAUAAGGUCCACCUGAUGGAAAGCGGUCGCCGUAACCUAUGGACGCCUGCAACUCAAGAAGUGUCACAUGCGCGUUGCCAGCCCAUUAGAAUCUUGUACACUCCCUUUUGCUGUGUUAAGUACACAGCAAAAAGGAGAGUACAAGUUCCAAAGAGGGUUCGGGUUGCCGACGACUCACAGGACAACAGGCGGAACAAAUUUAGUUCCGUAGGUCCUUCCGUCACCAGCACACCCUCGUUGAGCUCUGGCAGCCUUACUUGCCGGCAGGAACACAAUACCAUGAGUAGUGUAUAUAUUAGCAAUUAAGAAAUGUUGACUGUACCUAUAUAUAAUUAACUAACAAUAUGUCAAAUAAAGGAUAUAUUUUUCA